AUGGCGAGCGGCGGCCAUAUGCAUAAUUUCACCACCCUCAUCAAGCGGCUCGAGGCUGCGACCUCACGCUUGGAGGAUAUGGCCAUGUCCCUAGAUGACCCUAGUGUCUCAAAGAACAUGGGCGAUUCCUCUACAGCAGCCCCCGCGACCCCCGAACCUCCAAAGGCCACUCCUCCUCCGCCCGCAGCACCCGCGCCGGCGCAGAUCCCGGAGCAGAUCCAAGACUUUGACGCAUUGAUCAAGAAGGAUGUUCAGAAUUUCGUAGACUUGGGUGCGAAGAUUGGCGGUGAGGUGGCACAGCAGUCCAAAGCAGUUCUGCAAGCCUUCCAGGCCGAGCGCACCUACCUUUACGUCUCGACGAAGGCUAAGAAGCCCGAGCACCAGCCCGCAGAGCUCAUGACCGAUCUCCACAAGGCCUCGGACAGUAUCAACAACAUUCGCGAAAAUGCUCGCGCGUCGCCACUUUUCAACCACCUGAGCGCUAUUUCGGAGGGUAUUGUUGCGCUGGGUUGGUUCUUUGAGAGCAAGCCUGCGGAGUUUGUCACUGAGAUGAUGGGCGGUAUUGAGUACUACGGCAACAAGGUGCUGAAGGAGUACAAGGAGAAGGACCGCACACACAUCGAAUACAUUCAAGCUUACUACCAGAACUUCAAGGCACUCUCUGCCUACCUUAAGAAGCACUACCCCAAGGGUUUGACGUGGAACAACGACUCUGGUGUUGACGCAUUGGAGGCGUUGAAAGAGAUCAAGGGUGGCUCCGCGCCUGCGCCUACUGGCGUUGUCCCCCCUCCUCCCCCUCCCCCCGUUCCAACAGUUAAAGCCCCCGGCGGUGGUGCUCCCCCGCCUCCCCCUCCCCCAGGCAUUCCCCCGGCCCCGGCCCCCGCUGCCCCGGCGGCAGAUAUGUCCGCUGUGUUUGACCAGCUCAAUCAGGGCGAGGCAAUCACCUCAGGUCUGCGCAAGGUCGAGAAAUCAGAGAUGACACAUAAGAACCCCAACCUGCGCGCUGGCUCAAUGGCCUCCGAUCGCUCCAGCUCCUCCAGGGGCAAAUCUCCCGCUCCCCCAGGCAAGAAGCCCAAGCCCGAAAGCAUGCGUGCACGCAAGCCCCCGCGCAAAGACCUGGAGGGCAACAAGUGGCUCGUCGAAAACUUCGAGGGCCCUACCGAGAUCAUCGAGAUCCCCGCGAAGCAGAGUCAGUCGAUUCUCAUCUCGCGCUGCAACAAGGCCAUCAUCAAGGUCUCCAGCAAGGCCAAUGCCAUCGCCAUCGACAACUGCACUGGUCUUUCUAUCAUUGUUGAUUCGCUCGUUAGCAGUCUCGAUGUGAUCAAGUCCCCCAAGUUUGCUUUGCAAGUUGACGGCUUCGUGCCGACUGUUCUGUUGGAUCAGGUUGACGGUGCUACUAUCUAUCUCGGCCCCCAGAGUCUCACUACUGAGAUCUUCACCAGCAAAUCCACUGCUGUCAACAUCAUGCUUCCUCCUAAGGAAGGAACUGAUGAGGAUACCAAGGAGUGCCCCCUUCCCGAGCAGAUCAAGAGCUACAUCAAGGAUGGUGUUCUGGUCAACGAGAUUGUUGAGCACGCCGGGUAA